UCUAUGUGUAGGCAGAGGAAGAUAAGGAGACAUGUUCCCACAGUAAGGGUCAGUAGAGGACACAGUGUGGGUCUGUCUGGACAUUUUGUUGAAAAAGACCUGCAAAUAUGUGUCGACCUACCUGUAUCCUGGUGUUGCUGACCGCAUUCGUAACGUGCCAUUGUGUUACUGCUGUGACGCCAUUCAGCUGUGCUGGACGGGCGUUAGGAUUUUACGCCAACCAAGACGAGUGUGCAAAGUAUCAUAUUUGUACAGGUGGAGCAGACGCAACAGAUGUAGGAUGUGCCAGCGGUUUACAGUUCAAUACCCAAAGCAAAUUCUGUGAUUACCCUCAGAAUGUUAACUGCAACGGCCGACAUUCAACGAUUACCCAGCCAGCAAUAACACAGCGACCCAUCGUAACAAUGGCGCCAAUAGUGACAACUAAAACACCAAAUAUGAAUACCAACGCUCCCCUCCAAACUGGCCGUCCAUUGUUUACGAACCCACCACAGCCAACAUUCCUUCCACCAACAAAGUCCCCUUUCCAAACGUUUGCUCCUUUACAGACGAACGCACCUGUCACAUAUGCACCGCUACAAACGGCUCGGCCAAGUGUAAACUUUUUCAAAACUACACUUCCGUCAUUAACAAAUGCUCCAGUCACCAAUACUCCACUACAAACAGUGCGGCCAGGCGGAAUCCUUUUCCCACUUUUCACGAACCCACCACGACCAACAAACGCUCCCAAUCCAACAACACGUAGACCAUAUACAAAUUCGCCAGUGUUCCCAAGCAGUAACAUAUGUUUCGGCAAAGUCGAUGGGUACUUCUUGGAUCCUAAAGACUGUGGCUACUACUAUCAAUGUUCCUUUGGUCAAGCGGUCCGAGAACCUUGCCCCCCACGGUUGGUCUUCAACGAGAAAACUAAUGCCUGCGACUACGCACAAAACGUUCCUGCUUGUUCUCAAUAUCCGUUACAAGGUCGCAAAUAAAAACUUUUUGAAUUAUUUUAACAUCA